AUGAUGGACUUCCAAGUCACUGUUGCUCCCCCAACCAAGCCACGUGAGAAUCCCUUCGGCUCUAUCUUCCGUAGCAAGAGGCAAGCCGGUCUUCCCUCAUACUGCCAGUGCACGCCUCCAACAGUCAACUGCCCACCUGGACCUCCUGGACCUCCCGGACAGCCUGGACAACCUGGACAACCUGGAUCACCUGGCCAGCCUGGACCGGACGGCACCACCGAUUACACUGCACAGUCAACUGCCCAACUCCACCCGGAGGCCCCUGGUUCAGAUGGACAGCCAGGACAGCCAGGACCUCCAGGAGAUGCUGGAGCACCAGGAAACCCAGGAGGCGAUGGACAGCCUGGACAGCCCGGACAGAGCGGCACCACCUCUACCAACACUCCCGGAGGACCUGGACCUGCUGGACCACCUGGAGCUCCCGGAAAUGCAGGAGGACCCGGACAGCCAGGAGGCCGUCAAGUAAAGCGGGCAGAAUUCAUGCGGAAAGGUCUUAAUGGGUCAUCAAGAGAAGAUGCGCGUUGGCGAGGGGUGAGGUGGCCAGAGAAGUCCGUACCACGAUCUUUUGUACGGGAUCCGCUUGAAAGAGUGAUAAAUGGGAUGCGUAUUUUAAAAUGGUCGGCGAAUCUAUUCGGUUUCUAA